ACGGGGCCUGUGAGAAUCCGGGCGGAGUUUAGUCAAACGCGCUCUGGUGUGCCUGCAUCGGCUGGGCUGGGUGUGGUUUUCAAAAACUCAGUUCCGUUAGCAGGAAACGACUCUAGGACCACCAGUGCUUCUCUGAGCGACAAAGACGCAGCGAAAAGUGAAACUUUGUCUCCGGGAUCUGAAAGAGAUUUGAGGAGAAGCUUUGGCGGUGGCUGUCGCUCACUCUUGCGCGGGGACGUCAGCCGAUGGGAAAAAGUUUGGCUUUCUUUUGACUUCAACUCAGUUUGUGACACGUCCGCGAGGGAAGAGACAAAAUGCCGAAAACGAUAAGUGUUCGUGUGACUACGAUGGAUGCUGAGCUGGAGUUUGCCAUCCAACCCAGCACCACAGGGAAACAGCUAUUUGACCAGGUGGUGAAAACCAUUGGGUUAAGGGAGGUGUGGUUUUUUGGACUGCAGUAUCAGGAUACCAAAGGCUUUACCACCUGGCUUAAACUCAACAAGAAGGUUACGGCUCAAGAUGUCCGCAAGGAGAGUCCUUUGCUGUUUAAAUUCAGAGCAAAGUUUUACCCUGAAGAUGUUUCAGAGGAGCUGAUUCAAGAGGCGACUCAAAGACUCUUCUUCCUUCAGGUGAAAGAGGGGAUCCUAAAUGAUGAUAUCUACUGCCCCCCGGAGACUGCAGUGUUGCUGGCAUCUUAUGCAGUGCAGGCCAAAUAUGCUGACUACAACAAGGAUGUUCACACUCCUGGAUACCUAUCCAGUGAGAAACUGCUCCCACAGAGAGUUUUGGAACAGCACAAGCUAAAUAAGGAGCAAUGGGAGGAAAGAAUUCAGGUCUGGCAUGAGGAGCACAAGAGCAUGUUGAGAGAGGACUCGAUGAUGGAGUAUCUGAAGAUAGCUCAGGAUCUGGAGAUGUACGGUGUGAAUUACUUCAGUAUCAAGAAUAAGAAAGGAUCAGAGCUGUGGCUGGGUGUGGAUGCCCUUGGACUCAACAUCUACGAGCAGAAUGACAAGAUGACACCUAAAAUUGGCUUCCCCUGGAGUGAGAUCAGAAACAUUUCUUUCAACGAUAAGAAAUUUGUCAUCAAACCCAUUGAUAAAAAAGCCCCGGACUUUGUGUUUUAUGCCCAGCGUUUACGCAUUAAUAAGAGGAUUCUGGCCCUGUGCAUGGGGAACCAUGAGCUUUAUAUGAGACGCCGUAAACCCGACACCAUCGAGGUCCAGCAGAUGAAGGCACAAGCCAAGGAGGAGAAGAACCACAAGAAGAUGGAAAGGGCCAUGCUGGAGGAUGAACGUAAGAAGAGAGAGCAGGCUGAGAAGGAGAAAGAGAAGAUUGAAAAAGAAAAAGAGGAGCUGAUGGAGAGACUCAAAGUGAUAGAGGAACAGACGAGAAAAGCUCAGCAAGAGCUGGAGGAGCAGACCCGCAGGGCGAUAGAGCUGGAUCAGGAGCGUAAACGCUCUCAGGAGGAGGCGGAACGCCUGGAACGGGAGCGCCGCCAGGCAGAGGAAGCCAAAGCGGCUCUGCUGCAGCAGUCUGAGAGCCAGAUGAAGAACCAGGAGCAUCUGGCAACUGAACUGGCUGAGUUGACUUCUAAGAUCUCUCUGCUUGAAGAUGCCAAAAAGAAGAAAGAGGAGGAAGCAUCAGAGUGGCAAAUGAAGGCCACUCUGGUGCAGGAGGACCUGGAGAAGACUAAAGAGGAGCUGAAGAACAAAGUCAUGUCAGCUCAUGUUCCAGAGCCUGUGCAUGGCGAAAACGACAACGACGAUGAUGAGAGCAGCGCAGAGGCCUCCGCAGAACUCACCUCCGCAGCGGCCUAUAAAGACAGGAGUGAGGAGGAGCGCAUGACAGAGGCUGAGAAGAACGAACGAGUCCAGCAACAUCUGCUGGCUCUUACUUCUGAGCUUGCUAAUGCUCGUGACGAGACCAAGAAGACCCAGAAUGACAUCAUCCACGCAGAGAAUGUACGAGCAGGACGAGAUAAAUACAAGACGCUUCGUCAGAUCCGCUCUGGAAACACCAAACAGCGAAUCGAUGAGUUUGAGUGCAUGUAAAUGUACCGCAGUCAGCCAACAGGGGGAGCUACAGCCUGCCUUUUGCAUCAUUCCUGCAAAGGAACUACAGUACCCACAAUGCACCGCUCCAACAGAAAAUAAAGCCAAAUAUAGAAUAAUGCUGCACAGUUCAAAAAUCCCUUUAAUUCAGGAGUGUUGUUAGGGUUACUGCAUUAUGAUAAGGGAGAUUUAUUUUUUUGCGUUCUUUUGACCUAGAUGUAGCUUUUUUUAUUGGAAAACAUUAACGGUUUGCUGAUUAACUGAACUAAAGGGUUUUAAUUUCAGUAAAACUGGGAUUUCAGUAGGAAUUGAAGUAUAAAAAACAUUCCAGUGUUAAGAUAGAUUUCGAAAGCACUCCAGAGAGACAUGUCAGUGUGCCAAUUCCAAUCAGUAGAGUCGAUAUAUCAGAUUGCACAGUUUCAUUGUGAUGGUGUAAUAGCCUAGCUAUUGCUAUAACAUUGUAUCUAUGUGCCUUUCUAAUAAAACAACUACAGUAUAGAUGAAAAAUGCAUGGCUAUCUGCUCCCAGCAACCACUCCGCCAAUACAGGCAACCCACAAGAGCAAAGGUGUGUGUGUGUGUGUGUGUGUGUGUGUGUGUGAGUGAGAGAGAGAUCCCUGUUGAUAAUUCCUUUAGUUAUGGUUUUUCACUGCUGCAGGUUUGUGGCUGCUCCCUGUUUGCGCCUUUUCACUGAAGAGAAAAUAUCAAACUGUAUUUUUAGUUUCGUUUUUUAUCCUAUUCUUAUUUUAAGCUUUUUUUUUUUUUUUUUUUAAAAGAAGAGACUUUGGUUUUUAAGGCAUUUGAAUUUUUCGCAGUAUUAUUUUUAAGAAUCCUUUAAUAGAAUGACUCUUAAAAAGCAUCUUCUGGGAUUGAAUUUCUCCCUUUAUUUCUGAACAGUAUUUACCCAGAGUGUACACCGUUUUGAAUUGCCCCACACUUGUAGGUAGUGCCUUAGUUGUUUUGUGAUCUAUACUAAUUUUAUUUUUAUUCAUGUGGCAAUAUGCCGCACUGAAGCAAUAUGUCCCCAGCUGCUUUGGAAGAAUUCUUCAUUUGGAUCUUACUCUUGGAUACUUUCUAAACUGUUUUGAUAUACAAGAACAUGGAUCUCCUGAUUAAAAAUAUGAAGCUUGUUCUUAUCUCAUACAGCGUUCUUGUUACCUGGGUGAUUUUCUGCCUUAAGGGUGCAAGUUUUUUUUUUUUUUUAAUUGUCAACCAAUCACAGAAAAGAUUGCUGCUUAAAACAUUUUCAUUGCAACUGUCAAUAAAAUAUAUAAAUAAAUAAAAA